AUGGAGAUCAUCAAUGCGACAGACCCUAACACCGCGGAGAACUUCAACGUGAGAGACAUGACAAUGAAGAUGCUGAAAGCCAUCCCCGAUUUUCUAAUGGAACGAAGCGCAAGAAGCUGCAAACUUUUGAGCCCAUCCUUCACGGCUCAUUCUCUGGUUUCUCUAGCAUGCCCGUCGGAAGCCAGAAGGAAUGUCUUGACUUAA